AGGCGUGGAGUUGAGGAUGCGGAAUUAACGCAUUCGCUGCGCCCGAACCGGACUGAAUAUGGCGAGCACCGAGAGCAAAAGAGGGUCUUCGGAAAACUUUCACACAACCGAGCCAAGUGGAUCGGACCAGCCGGGCGCGAGAAGGGGUCCACAGCAUGCAGGUGCUAGAGAGCUCGCGGAGUUAUACUCGCCAGGAAAAAGAUGUCAGGAAUGGAUCAGUUUGCUUCUUUGCUUUACCCUCAUGGCCUUCAACUUCUGUUACCUAGUAACAUACUUCCACCUAGGACACACCUGGUACAUCCUCCUGGGCAUCGUGGCAGGGAUCCUGACAGCAGACUUUGCCUCUGGUUUGGUCCACUGGGGUGCUGACACAUGGGGUUCAGUGGAUCUGCCCAUCGUUGGGAAGGCCUUCAUUCGUCCGUUUCGAGAGCACCACAUCGAUCCAACAGCUAUAACGCGCCACGAUUUCAUUGAGACGAAUGGUGACAACUGUAUGUUGACUAUCAUCCCUCUGGCUAACAUGGCUGCAAACUUUUUGAUGCUCUCACCAGCGGAGAUCUAUCGGAACUACCCCUGGUACUGUUACGUCUUUGCUUUAGCCAUUUUUGUUACAUUGACCAAUCAGAUUCACAAGUGGUCGCACACAUAUUUUGGGCUCCCACGCUGGGUGACGUUUCUUCAGGAUUGUCACAUCAUUUUACCACGGAAACACCACAGAGUUCACCAUGUUUCACCUCAUGAAACCUACUUCUGCAUUACCACAGGCUGGUUGAACUAUCCUCUAGAAAAACUGGGAUUCUGGAGAAACCUGGAAGAUCUGAUCCAGAGCCUGACAGGAGAGAAACCCAGAUCAGAUGACCUCAGAUGGGCCCAGAAAACCAAGUAAUCUUCCUCUGCCACCAACCCACCUCCCCUACCUCAGACCUGCCUCAGAACAAGAGGAACGGCAAGAUAUCAAAGCCCAAAUUAGAAAGCCAUCAAUUCUUAGCAAAAGUUAAGUGAAAGGGGGUUGACAGAGAGAUUGAAAGCAAUAUCCCACCCCGCUCACUCUAAAGAUCUAAAUCCUUGUUGAAAACUUGAGACUUUUGUGAAAUGUUUAAAACUCUUCAAGGUGUAAAAAACAAGCUAAUUUAAAAAGCCAAUACUUGAACAAAGUGGGCUCUUUUCUGGACACCUUCUCAUCCUUCAACUGCUCAAAGCUUUGCUGACUAGCUUGUUUCUGAGGGACUGGCCUCUGCUCUUGGGUUUGGCCUUUGGGACUGAUAUCUCUUGCUCUCACCCUUCUCUUGUUUGGGGUUAAAGUGCAGUAAAGUCAAGGCAUUUUGGCUCUUUGACCACAGAGGGCUGAAAACACGUGUCUUCAUCUGUUGCUUGUGUCUGAACGGACAGAGCAGCAUCAUAUGCAGUCUUACUUCAGUACGCCUUAAAAGACGAAUCACAAGAAACUUGCUUUGCUUGGCCUCAUCCUUACACUUCAUUCAUCUUUUCAUGAUUAAUACUUUCUUUUGAAGCACAUUUGCAAAUUCAGAGGUGCUGGAAGCAGUCAGCUGUUGACCAAGUAUAUUAGAAGUAUUUCCACAUAGGUCAAUAUUUAGGCCAUGAGAUCUACAUUGGUGUCCUCGCGGCUCGACACUGAGAUAAUAACCCAACAGAAACUCAGAAAAGGCCUCAUCCAUUUUUAUUUAGUAUUAACUUAAUCGUAGGGUAGGUUGAUUCGAGCUUGACCAGCUGACUGACACAAACACUUUCACUCCAUUGCUCGAGUUUUGGAUUUGCAUACAUUGUUACUUAACAGUUUAAUGUUGACUUUAACGCUAGCAUGUUAAAUCACACAGCUCGUAGUUCUUAUUUAAUAAUAAUAUGAGAUGCUAAAGGCAGUUACAGCAUGAUGAAAAUGACAGAAUCAUCAGAACAUUUAGGUGUCUAGUGACUUACAACUACUACUAACUGCUUACUUAAUGAGCGUUAUACACAUUUUCUUUUAUAAAGCUGCAAUGACAAUGGAUUAGAAAAAAAAGAUUUAUUUACUUGACUUUAUAUUUAAACACAGCACUAGUCAUAUUUUU